AUGAAAAUCAUUGUGCUGUUAGCGGUUGUCGGCGCUGCAUUAGCCGUCCCAAUUGAUUACUAUACGACAGCUGAUGAUAACCUAGAUAUGAAGGCGGUGGUAGACGAUUCAGCGAAGCUCAAAGCCAUGACUGACUGCUACCUGGAUAGAGGCGAUUGUGAUGAAGUUACAAUGAGUUACAAAAAAAUAAUUCCUGUGGGCAUUGAAGACGCGUGCAAGCGUUGUAACGACGCUCAGAAGCAUUUGGCCAAUACAUACAUUAACGGUUUGCUGUCGAACAAUCCAGCUGACCACAACAGCUUCCAAAAGAAAUAUGACCCUGACGGAAAAUACAUGACCAAAUUUAUGGAAGCUAUUAAAGGCUUUUAA